AUGAGUGCCCGAAAACUCCAACAGGAGUUCGAUAAGACGAACAAGAAGAUCGCCGAAGGGUUGUCUGUGUUCGAUGAUAUUCACGAGAAGUUGUUGACCACCGAGAUUAGCUCUCAAAAGGAAAAAUUGGAGAGUGAUUUGAAGAAAGAAAUCAAAAAGUUACAAAGACUGAGAGAUCAAUUGAAAACCUGGCUUGGAGAUAGCAGUAUAAAGUUGGAUAAGAAUUUGCUUCAGGAGAACCGUACCAAGAUCGAGCAUGCCAUGGACCAGUUUAAGGAUCUUGAAAAGUCCUCCAAAAUCAAACAAUUCUCCAAUGAAGGAUUGGAGUUGCAAAGUCAAAAAUCAAAAAGACGAUUUACCGACAAUUCCAAGACACAGGAGUCUUAUGAUUAUAUCUCCGAUAUAAUCCAACAGCUUACUGAACAAAACAAUGAUUUGGAUGCAGAAAUAAGUCAAUUGAGCAUACUGAAGAAGACCAAGGGAUCCUACACAGCACAAUCAAGCAUAGACGACGUGAAAUACAAAAUUGAAAGAAACAAGGGACAUUUGGACAGACUUGAAACAAUCUUGGAAAAUUUGGAUAAUGAAACCUUGAACCCUGAAAAGAUUGAUGAUAUUAAGGACGAUUUGGAUUAUUACGUAGAGAAUAAUCAAGACGAAGAUUAUGUGGAGUAUGAUGACUUUUAUGAUCAAUUGGAGGUCGGUGACGACGAGUUGGAGAAAGGUUCUUUGGCUAGAAUGGCUGUGGAAGGUCCUGAAUUAUUGGCUGCCAACAUUUCAAACGGCACACCUCCCUCUUCUGCCGCAAGCACUAACGGAAAUGGAAAUGUUGCAGCUUCGAAUGUAACAAAAGAGCAAGUGCCUGUAACAUCAAAGCCACCAAUUGCAAUUCCAGUCAAGGAAUCAUCCACCCCAACACACGGAACUCCAACUAAAAAGGUGAGGCCCGCAAUUGUCCCAGCAGCUAACCCUCCACCAUUGAACCCUGCUACCUCAUAUUCCAAUGUCAUUAAGGCUGCACAACAAGCUGCCUCAUCGGCUCCCAAGAAUCCACCUGGAUUGGAUAACAUAACAUCUUCGAGCUCACCUGAAGCCACCGGUGCGAAGUUGAGCGAAAAGGACAAGAAGGAAGAGGAGAGUUCCGAAGAAAGUCAACAGGUGAACCCACCAGUGGGCGUGGCCCAAAAUUUCACUGAAUCCGGAUCUCAAUCACAGCUGCCAAGCAUACUUGGAGAAGCUGGGGGAUUCGCAGACACUGUGAAUAGAUUGUCGAUGAUUUCGCAGUCAAGGUUGCAAAAUCCAUUACCAUUCCAAAACAUAAGCCAGUUGUUGGAGACCUCGCUAUUGAAUUGUCCAGACUCGUUUGAUGCCGAAAAGCCAAGACAAUACAAUCCUGUGAAUAUUCAUCCGUCGUCGAUCGACUAUCCUCAGGAACCAAUGUAUGAGUUAAACUCAUCUCAUAUCAUGCGCAAGUUCGACAACGACACCUUAUUCUUCUGUUUCUACUACAGCGAUGGUGCUGACAGCUUUGCCAAGCACAACGCAGUCAAGGAAUUGACGAGAAGAGGGUGGGUGUUCCACAAAGAGUUCAAGCAGUGGUUCUUGAAGGACAACAAGAAUGGCGGCAAGAACAGAUCCAUGUCUGUAAUUCAACGCGAGGAAGAGCAGGAUGCCAACGAGGUUGACGACAGAGAAGAAAACUAUAAGUAUUUUGACUACGAAAAGACGUGGUUGACCAGAAGAAGGGAAAACUACAAGUUUUCCGCUGACUUGAGGGAGUCAUUGUGA